UUUUAUUUUCCUCGUCAUGGAGCCUUUUGAGUAAAACACCCCGGUAGAUACACCAGUCGCAGUGGUUGCUGACCUUGUCCCACUGAGAUGGCGAGUUUCGUCAGGUUAAGUUCUGUGUGUCAUCGAGGUGUUAAACCUCUCUUUGCAAGGAACACUUUCUUACCUCGAGAAUUGUUGGCCUGUCGGACGUUACGUGAGAAGGAUUGUAUACAGUCUUCAGUUCAGAUCCAUGCUUCAUCAUCAUCAUCACAUUCGGCUGCAGGCUCCAAGGCAGCUUCCAUGCACUGGACAGGUGAGAGGAUGGUGAGUGUGCUUCUGCUGAGCAUGGCACCUGCUGCCUACCUGUACCCAGGACCAGCAGUGGACUAUGCUGUGGCUGCGGCGCUCACUCUUCAUGGGCACUGGGGGAUUGGCCAGGUCCUAACAGACUAUGUUCAUGGCGAGGCAAAAAUUAAGCUUGCCAAUGCCAGUUUAUAUACUUUAUCUAUGGUCACCUUCGCUGGGCUCUGCUAUUUCAACUACAAGGACGUGGGCAUCUGUAAAGCCAUCGCCAUGCUGUGGAGCAUCUAGAAUGCUGUAAGCCAGAAGUGAGUGAUGACUGUGUUGUCCCUCUCUCUCUGGAAUCAGAAAGAUUUCAGCCAGUGUAAUACACAACUUGUCAAGUCAUGUUUUUUUUCUGUCAGAAGGUAAUUUGGUGAACUGUAAUUUUUCCAUGUUUGCUUGUUUCAUGACUAUGCAUUAUAGGGCAUCUAAUUUAUUGUUAAAUAUGUUGUAUCUAUAUUGUAAAUGUCAGGCGAGAUAAGGCGUUUUCUUAUCUUUUGUUAUUGUCUUGCACAAACAAUUUCUUUGUCUCAGAACACAUGGCUUUACGGUUGUACCUUUCAGUGUAGUCUAAAAUAGGACAAGCAAGCAAUUGGGUUUAAUAUUUCCAAAUUGCAAAGCAUUCCAAUAUAUUGCAUGCCUUCCUUUGUCCACUUACACACAAAGGUGGUGGGACGUGUACUUAAGUCAGAGAUGAAAGUGUCUUCCUGAUGAUACCUCAUUAAUUCGUGAAGGGAAUAUGGAAAUUAUUUUAUUUAUCCUUUUACAUUGUCCACAAGGGCAGCAUUUAUUUGAGGAGCUUGCUGGAAGAAAAUAUGAAACAACUCCAAUAAAAGUAUGCACUCAAAA